AACUGCUUCAGAGCAAAGAAAAAGAAAAGGAAAAGAACGAGUAAGAGAGAAAAGAGAUAACCCAUAGCGAUGGCUCUUAUAGCCGAUGAACUCAAGGCCAAGGCUGAGGUCUACUAUGGCGAUGAGAUCUGCCAACAGUGUACCCAGCUCUUGCUCAAGGAAGCAGGCCUCCCCAAUGGUCUGCUUCCCUUAAAGGACAUAAUGGAGUGUGGUUAUGUCGAGGAAACUGGAUAUGUGUGGCUCAAGCAAAAGAAGAGGGUAGACCACAUCUUUCAGAGUCUAGGAAGGCUUGUCUCUUAUGGCACUGAGAUCACCGCCUACGCAGAGAAGGGCAGGAUCAAGAAGGUCAAAGGGAUAAAGACCAGAGAGCUCAUGGUGUGGGUCCCAGUGGAGGAGAUUGCCCUUGAUGAACUAGCAACUGGGAAACUUAUCUGCAAGAGCAUUGCUGGGAUUUCAAAGACCUUCCCUGCAUCAGCUUUCCAAAUCCCAGAGAAGGAGAAUGAGAAGAUGAACUGUGCUGCACCAAAACCAGUGGUCCUCAUGGAGAGAGCUCCACAAGUUGUUAAAAACAAUUGAUUCUUAUGCCAUCCACGGGAUUUGGACUCAUGAUCACCAUCAAAACUUCGAUCCUAUAUGUCUAAAUAAUGGGUGAACCAGUGCUUUACUGCUUGCUUAUGUACUUCAAAGUUGA